UUUUGACUUUUUUUUUUUUUUUUUUUCACUUUGCUAUGCUUGUGAUCUUAUCGUGUUCCAUCUCCAUCUUCCUUUGUUCUGCAACAACUGAAACCUAAAGAAGCAUCUUCAAAAAGGGAUGGGGUUGGUCUUUCAGUAGCAGCUGGAGUAGUUCCCAGAUCUUUUUCAGCUUCUCUUUUGCUGUUUUAGGAUUGAACAUGUUACCUUAUUUAUAUGAAAGAUCCAUCCUCUCUGAAUGGCCGUUAGAUUAACAAAGACAUGAUGGCUGCUGCUUUUGGUCGUCCUAAAAAGAAGCUUCCUCCAACUGCUAUCAGAAGAAACUCAGAGAGCAGCAGCUUCCUACUACUUUCUGCAACCAGCCUUGCCUCUGUUGAAUCUCUAUCCAUGCCUCUUGUCCAGGAAGUUGUUCUUUCAGCAGACAUUCGAUGUGCAGAAUGUCAAAGGAGAGUUGCUGAUAUAAUGUCCAGAAUGAAUGAGAUACAGUCAGUGGUGGUGAAUUUGUUGGAGAAAAAGGUGAUACUAAGAUGUAAGAAUGCAAGUGCUGGCAAAGCAUCCACACAAGAGCAAGCUGUUGCUACCAUAUACAGGAAUCCUCUUAGCAAAGUUGCCAUUAUCAGGCGGAUUUUCCGCUCUUCUCGAUGAUAUAUGCAUGAUUACUAAUACUCUCUUAGGCCAUGAAUAAAAAAGUUUCUAUUUUCAUUGAUGAUGAAUAAAUCAAAUAUGUAUGUAGUUGGUUUUUAGUUUGCUUGCCUUUAAAGCCAA